AUGGGGGAGUGUCCCGUGUGGGAAGAGGAGACUGGGCAGCUGGUGUAUGUGGAUAUAACCGCCAGGACUGUGUGCCAGUGGAAUCCACUGUCUGGGGAGGUGCAGACCAUGGGCCUGAGAGACCCUGUGGCUGUGUGGCUCUGUGCCAGAGAGGGCAUCUACGUGGUGGCUUUUGGUACUUGCCUUGGCCUCCUGGACUGGGAGACGGGGCAGGUGGAGUGGGCGGCCUGGCUGGACCAUGACAAGCCCCACAACAUGUUCAACAAUGGGAAGGUGGACCCCACUGGGAGUUUUGAGGCAGCUGGAUCAGCUGGGCAUCCCAAUGGGCUGGACUGGUCCCUGGACCACCUCACUCUCUACCACAUGGACAGCCUGGUCUACUCUGUGCAGGCCUAUGACUACAACAUGCAGACAGGAGGCCUGGGGAUGCGGCUGUGCACCUUGGAGAUGCCAGUGUUCAGGGUGACAUCCUGCUACUUCCAGGGUAGGGGGGCUGACUACCCCGGCUUGUGCGUGACCUCUGCAGUGGAUAGCCUGAGUCCAGAGCAGCUGUUGCUGGAGCUGCAGGCAGGACACGUCUUCAAG